AUGGAAGAAGAAUAUAUCAAGCUAUUUCUCAUUUGAAACCUAGCUUUCACCUUUAUAGCUAAUUCUCCGUUUGUAUUUUUUAUUCAGAUACUUGCAAUUGCAAUAGUUUUAAACAUCGAUGAUGGUUCUUGUGAUAAGCCGAUUAGGUAGUUUCUAAAUAGGCAAUGACUCAUUGUAUGAGAAGCUGUUAAUUGUUUUCUUAUUGUAAUUUUUUCUAUAUUAAUAAUAGAGAAAAUCAAUAAAAAAAUCCAAAAAUUCCUGCUUACUCCCCCCUCCGUGAGCGAACAAUAAUAACAUUGGAAAAUCCCUAUUUUUUGCCCAAAAACCCACCGAAUAAAAAGUUUGAUAUAUAAAUGAUUAUUAUGAUGAAAUAUCUAGCUAGUUCUGUUUAAUUUAAACAAAUUGUGUUUUAAAACAUAAAUUUUACAAAUUAAAUAAAUAUUUGCCUUCCAAUUUUGUAAAUUUGGAUUUUUUUAAAUUUCGAAGAUAGCAAAAUAUAUAUAUAUAUUUGUUUUUAAAAAUUAAUUAAUUUAACCCUCCUCCAUGAACGAAAAAAAUUUUUAUUUUCUAUUGGAGGGGGAGUUAUUUUUAUUUUCAUACCUGGAAGACUCUUUAGCGUUGCGUGAGUGAUUGUUGGGAGUUUAUGGGAGUUUAAAAGUGAUGACUGCUAUGAUGAUUUUUACAACGGCUGGGCUUUAAAUUUAGCAACAUUAAUUGUUGAUUAUAUCAGUAUUGGAGCAUUUUUCUGCUUACUAUGCUACAUUGGCAUGUGUUCUUGUCUUACUCACAUGUUUAGAGGAUGGAAAAUUACAUUUUAA